AUGGAAGAGCAGAGGAAGGGGUGGGGGAAAGGGAAUUUUGUUCCAUUUUUUUUAGUGCUUUCUGACAUUGCUGCAUCUAUUUUUACUGGUGAUACCGAAGACUGUGAUGAUGAUGGUGCUGAUUAUUAUGAUGAUGAUGAUGGCAGCAGUCUUAAUUCCGGUGGUAUUCCUGUGUGCUUUUUUUUUCACAAAUUGUGCUCUGAUAUUUUAUAG